GAAAAAGAAGCCCUUUAUUUGCGCGGGAAAGGUGGAUUUUCAAUAACCCACUCACCAUUACAGUUACUGUUCUUCAGGAGGAACACCCGCCAAGAAAGAGAGAGACAGCAAGAUCGUCAAAACGAUCCCCAGAUUCGCCAUAACUGAAACCCAAACCCCUAAUCAAUAAAAAAAAAAAUAAGAAAAAAAAAAAUCAACAAUCGCUCCGUUGAAUUUCAAUCAUGGCGCAAGCCCAUCCGGAGAAGAAGAUCAUCGACCAAGAAACUUCUUCUUCUUCUCUGCAGAGCACCGUCAGCAACAACAAUAAGGAGAUGAUGAUCACGGCGAUGAUGAAGGAAAAUGCCAAGCCACCGCCAACCACCCCCUCUGCCGGCAGCGACGCCACGGGCUGCAGCAGCGCCUCGGCGGCGGCCGCAUCGUUCAAAUUCAAUGCUCAGGCUCCCGAGUUCGUACCCAGAUCGCAUUCCACCGGCGUUGCAGCUAUCGCGGCUGCUACCGCCGCCGCCGCUGCGCAACAGAUGUCCCCAAUCUCCGGAUAUUUCUACCCUUGCUUUCAUUACCUGGGGGCUGCCGGUGGCUCCGAUUGGUUCUUCCUCGGUGACCAGGACGCUUCUUCAGCUGCCGCCGCGGCUUAUUUGAUCUCGAACCCGAAUCUCGCCUUACCUAAUUGCUCCAACAAGGAUUCUCCCCAGGUUCUCACCGAAGAGCUCCGCCAAAAAAUUGUCAAGCAGAAUUUCAAUGGCUGCAGCAUAACCCUUUUGACAAAACCGUUUCCUGUUUUCAAUCAGGCGGAAUACCAGUUCAGCGAUAUGAGUCUUCUUGCAAAUGAAUCCAUGUCAAAGCACCUGAGCAAAGAUCCUGAAGGCUAUGUGCCAAUCUCUGUGAUUGCUUCCACAAAGAAAAUGAAGUCACUUACCAGUAACCAUCAUUUGAUCACUCAGGCACUCAAAUCAUCUCCCAAACUCGUUGUGCAUGAAGAUGCAAGGAGGGUUAAACGUAAGAUCCCUUUCACUGAGAAAGAGAGAGAGGAAUUGCAGUCUCGUACUGUGGUAGUGGAGAAUUUGCCUGAGGAUCACUCUCAUCAAAACCUUGAGAAGAUAUUUGGUGUUGUUGGAAGCGUCAAAACAAUCAGGAUUUGCCAUCCUCAGGAAUCUAACUCGUCCCGGUCUAAAAGCGAUUUCUUCAUGAGCAACAAGCUGCAUGCGCUAGUGGAGUUUGACACACCAGAUGUAGCUGAGAAAGCGGCGGAGAAGUUGAAUGAUGAAAGGAAUUGGAGGAAAGGGUUGCGAGUCAGGUUGCUCCUCAGAUGCUCCCCCAAAUCGGUGCUGAAGAGCAGGAAGUCAGAAUUCGAAGGCAUAUUGGACGAUGAAGAGGGACCAUUUUCUGAUUCACUCGAUGAUAUCUCUAUCCCAAACACUGCAGAUCUCACUUCUGAGUCUAAUUUGGACGAAAACUCGGGAUCCUCGAAGAAGGCGGGAUGUGGAAGAGGGAGAGGGAAGGGAAGAGGUGGAAGGCUGCAAAGCCAUGGCAGCGGGAGAGGGCUUCUCUCACCAUCUCCACAGGCUAUAAUGAGCAGCAGCAGCAGCAGCAGCAGUGCAUUUGAUGCAGCAUUGUCAGUUAAACAUAACGCUACAAAGGGUCCAAGAAUGCCUGAUGGAACCAGGGGGUUUACAAUGGGAAGAGGCAAGCCAUUGAUGGUGGCUUCUCCUGCAGCAGCAAUGGUGGAAUGAGAUUCACAUUUCCUAUGAUGAGAAAGAAACAAAGCAUGCAACUUUUGUGAGAGGUUGAGAGGCAAGAAGGGAUCUUUUUCUAUUUCUUUUGACCCGGGGUUUAUGGUGCCAAUGAUUUUUCGCCUGUUUUAGAGAUGAGAAAUCCUUCUUGGAAUCAAAUAAGUUUCAUGAGGUGUAUAGUGCUACUGGUCUAUGUAGUAGUAUGAAAGUUGGUAUGUUCUUCUGACCGAACAAUGCAAAGGGUGGUGGCUAGAGUUGGGGUUUCCUUUGGUUGAGAAGCAAUUUUGGUUCACUCUAUUACUGUAUAACACUUAUGUUUUGAAUAAAGGACUUCAUAAUACCAAAUUCUUACUUAUGUUUAUUUG